GCAUAAAACAUGAUUUGCCGUAUUAUAAGUAUCAGGGAGCUUUUUAUAGAUAUGUAUGUGCAUUUGACUAACCACUCUUUUCUGUUCACCUUUCUUGAUCAUCCUUUUUUUUUUGGGAGACUCGGAAGAAGGUAGACACAUCCUUAUGAUUGAUAUCGGGUUUUUAUUGACGUUGACACUGCUGUAAACUUAAUGAGCCCAAUAUGGCUCUAUCAGCAGUUUCGAACCAUGUCGAUGUCGACGAGUCCCUAAUCCCGGGGACGGUCCAACUCGUCGAUCUAGAACAUAAUAUCGCUACGCGACACGCUAGAAACCAGAGGGAUAUUGUGCUCGUGCCGACACCAUCCGCGGACGCCGAUGACCCCUUAAACUGGGCUCCCCGACGCAAGUAUCUAGCCCUAGCUUGCGCUCUCCUAUAUACCUGGUUUAACGGCAUGGCGCUGUCGAUUGUCUAUUCAGUGCUCGUGCCUCUCUCCACGGCCCUAUCCGUAAGCGAAGGGGACCUCAACGCCGGGACCGGUUAUAUGUUCUUACUCUUAGGUUGGGGCUUGCUCUUCUGGCAGCCAUUCGCGCUGCAGUUCGGAAAGCGGCUGACGUACUUGGUCUCGCUUCUCGCGCUUACGGCCGUCACGGUAUGGGGACCCUAUGCGCGCGGCAACAGCCAGUGGAUUGCGAAUCGUGUUUUAACGGGCUUCUUCGCAGCGCCUAUCGAGGCGCUGCCUGAGACAACCAUUGCAGACCUCUUCUUCGCCCACGAGCGGGCGACUUACUUGGGCUGGUACGCAUUCAUGCUGGCUGGUAGUAACUUUUUCGCUCCUGUGAUUUGUGGGUUCAUCAACGAUGGUGUCGGCUAUCGGUGGGUUUUCUACUUCCAGGCUAUAUUCUGCGGCGCUACUUGGCUGUUCCUUUUCUUCUUCAUGGAAGAAACGAAUUACGACCGGCACACCGUCGGUAUUGUCGCCGAGUCUAGCCAUGGAGUACCCGAGUCGGACCUGAGUGAGGAGAAAGGCAAGGAAACCCCGGCGGAUCCGCCUGACCCCAUCGGACGAGUGCCUUCUCCAGAUGGCCGGCCGUCAGCCGAGACGAAGACAUUCUGGCAGAGAUUGUCCGUCGUGGAUAAGCCGCGGCCGUUCAUGAUGCACUACCGUGCUUGGCAAUCUCUCAAGCUUCUGUCGUGGCCCGUCGUUUUCUAUUCGGGAUUUAGCUACGGGACCUACCUCAUCUACUUCAAUAUUCUCAACGCAACGAGUUCCAUCAUCCUGGGUGGCCCACCCUAUAAUUUUCGACCGUCUCUUGUCGGGCUUAGUUACCUUUCUUGCAUGGUAGGAGUUUCCGCCGCGGCGGCUUUCACAGGUGUCUUCUCGGAUCGUUUCGUCAUCCGAUUAGCGCGCAGAAACAAUGGCGUCUCGGAGCCAGAGCACCGACUCUGGCUCUUCUCCGUAUCGACGAUAAUAAUUCCGGCAUCGCUUAUUCUCUGGGGUGUUGGGGCGGCUUUCCAAGUGCAUUGGUUCGCUCUUAUCGUCGCGAUGGGUACCACAGCAUUCGCCAACACGAUGGGCGUUACACUUAGUGUUUCGUACUUGAUCGACACGUAUAGGGAUAUUUCGGGCGAUGCGCUCACCACGUGUAUUCUUAUCCGUAACACGAUGAGCUUUGCUAUCGGGUAUGGAAUUACGCCCUGGCUUGACAACUUAGGAUACCAGAAUUGCUUCAUUAGUCUGGCUUUCAUUGGGUUAGCCAUCUGCUGUGUCUUUCUAGUCAUGAUUAAGUGGGGUAAGAAGUUUAGAGAAGCAAAACGUCUUGAUUAUUGGCGUGAGGUGAGGAAGAGAAUCGAGCUUGGGUUAGUUCACUGAGAGAGUCUUAUCAAGAACCUCAUGUUUUAAAUACCAAGAUAUUUAGUUCCAAUAAUUAGCUUUGAAACCAUUAUCAUCAGCUACUCAGCAUUGCGUCGAAGAGUUACUGCCUAACCCUAAACUCGUUAUUAUUCCUACAAAUUUCUUAGCUCAAGUUAGAAACUUUGUAGGAAAAGCUCUAUAUUUAAAGCGUUAACCUAACAAAUUCUUUUUUUUUUUUAAAAAAAAAAGAAGAAAGCAUUAUGUACAAGGUGUAAUAUUAAAUAAAUCGUAAUAUUUUAUAUAACUUAAUUAAAAUACGUUCGUUUCUUAUUAAAAAA